AUGACAAUGCUUAACCUCUCUCUUUUUUGCUUGAUAUCAUUCUUUACCUUCUUUUCAUUUUCAUAUCCUGCAACAGACACACUCACAUCUUUGGACACGUUGGGAGACAAUCAAACCCUGGUCUCAUCAGGUGGACUUUUCGAGCUUGGCUUCUUCAGCGAAAACUUUUCGGGUUAUCACUAUCUGGGAAUUUGGUUCACAGCCGAUCGAAGCAAGGUUGUCUGGGUUGACCGGGAAAAUCCAAUAUUGGAUUCAUCCGGCCUCCUUCAAAUCCGGACAGGGAAUUUGGUUAUCACCGACCGGCGACAAGUCCAGUUGAUAGUCAAUUCAGGAAGUGUCGCCGCGGCCACUACUAAUACAAGCGCAACACUUCUUGACACUGGAAAUUUUGUCCUUAAAGAAGUUGAUACAGGCAUGACCCUUGAAAAGCGAUGGUAUUUUAAUUCUUUUGGACCAUACAGCUUUCACCUUAUUGUUUCUUGGGCAAGCCCCCAAAACCCAGCUCGAGGCCUCUUCACCUUGUCUGUUGAUGGCAACGACUUGUCGAAGCUUUCGGUUUGGCGAGGAGAUGGAGCCAAAAUGGACAUAGCUUCCUGGGACGGACAUAGCAUCCGGUUUAUUUUUGACAACUCAACCGGGCAGAACAAUAAUAACAAUGACUACAAUUUUAGCUACCAUGCUAAUGCAUAUGAGGCCUACUACAAUUUUAGCCACAGUAGGAACUACGACCUCAUGUGGUUCGUGAUGGCUUCCACCGGAAACCUGGACCAGUAUUUCAUGGUGGAUGGGAAGAUUUCUGUUAGGCCUCAUGCUUUGUGUGCCGAUUCGGCUGGUGGUAAUUCUGGUAGGUGCUUGACUUCAAUACCGUUCGAGUGUGGGGAUGGUAAGUUUUAUGAGAUGAAUGGUUCUUUGCCAUCUACUUUCAGUGGUACUGGUUUCAUUUCUACGGGGACUACCGAGUGUGAAACUUUUUGCAAGUCCAAUUGUUCUUGCACUGCGUUCGCUGCACUUCAGAAUGAACAACCGCCAGGAUGUCAACUCUAUUUUGGGAGCAAACAUGAUCUGUUGAAGAUCAUAGAGAAGGGGGCAGGGAUUGUUUACAUCCGGGGUAGUGCUCCAAGUGAUAGCAAGAAGUGGAAACUCUGGCUGGCUGUCUUGCUUCCUUUGGCAUUCCUCUUGGUUCUUAUUGCAAUCUCCUUAUCCUAUUAUCUGCGUGGGAGAAGGCGACGUAAAGAAGAUCAAUUAGCAAGCAGAGGAGAUGCCGUCGCGGAUUCUGAUCAUAUGAGAUUAUUUCAAAUGAGCUCCCCUAAUGCGUCACCAAUUCAUCAUGAUGAAGUUAGAGGUGCAAGCAACAUAGAACCGGGAAGACAGAAGGAUCAAGAUUUGCCAUUUUUUAGUUUUUCCACAAUAAAGAAUGCAACAAAUUACUUUGCAGAGGCUAAUAAACUUGGGGAAGGUGGAUAUGGGCCUGUCUAUAAGGCAAGCCAUCAGUUAAUUUUAUUUGGUAAGUUGCCUCUAGAAGAUCAGGAAGUUGCAGUGAAAAGGCUGUCCAAAAUUUCGAGGCAAGGCUUGAAUGAGUUCAAAAAUGAAGUUUCAGUAAUCUGUAAGCUCCAACACAGGAAUUUGGUUAGGCUUUUGGGAUGCUGCAUUGAAGAAGAAGAAAGUAUACUAAUUUAUGAGUACAUGCCCAACAGAAGCCUGGAUUCCUUUAUUUUUGAUUCAUCCAAAAAGGCACUUUUGGAUUGGAGAAGGCGCUUUCACAUUAUUGAAGGGAUUGCUCAAGGGCUUCUUUAUCUUCACAGAUACUCAAGAUUACGGAUCAUUCACCGUGAUUUAAAGACAAGCAAUAUUCUGUUGGACGGUGACAUGAACCCGAAAAUUUCAGAUUUUGGCAUGGCAAGGAUUUUUGGGGAUGAUGACACUAGAGGAAAAACAAACCGAGUUGUUUGUGGUUACAUGUCUCCGGAGUAUGCGAUGGACGGCCUCUUUUCUGAAAAAUCAGAUGUAUUCAGCUUUGGGGUGAUCUUAUUAGAGAUCAUAAGUGGAAAUAAGAACAUAGCCUUCUUUGAAACUGAUCAUUCUCUUAACUUACUAGGCAGAACUUGGAAUUUUUGGAAAGAAGGCAAGAGCAUGGAGUUGAUGGAUUCAACAUUGAGUGCCUCAUGUUCAAGCAGUGAAGUUACGAGGUGCAUUCAGAUGGGUCUUUUGUGCGUGCAAGAAAGAGCCAUGGAUCGACCAAACAUGUCAGAUGUUGUUUCGAUGCUAAGCAAUGAAACAAUUUCUCUGCCUCUUCCAAAAGAACCUGCAUUUUUGAGUCAAUUAAGUUCCACUGAUGCAGAUUCAUCUUCAAGUAGACAGAGACAUCGAUCGAGAAAUGACAUAACGAUUUCAGAUGUAUAUGGCAGGUAG